UCCUUGUCCAGCGAAUAGUAAAUAUAAAGACAGCUGUAUGAGUGUAUAGCUCGAGAGUAGACGAGCUUAGCAGGAUGAAAAGGUGUUCUGUAUCAUGAUCAAGGAACAUGCCCGCAAAGGAGAGUGCUGCUCGCUUUAUAUUUGAAAACCACAUAGCGACAAGGUGGGAAUGAAAGAAAAUGCAUCAUCUCGUUUGCACUUGGUGCAGGGAUCUCUUCGCCCUCUGAUCUCUUUGAACUGCUUAAAUCGAGACAGCCUUGCGCGCUAUUCAAUGAACGGUGCCGUGUGGUCAUUUGUUUCCGAUGACAGCAUUGCUAUUGACUCAAAAGUAAACAUAGAGAUUCAAAAAUAUGAUCUUAUAUAUAGGCUUUGUUUGAGGAUGCUAUCCAGACACUGUAGCCCUUGUGAAUACAGAGAAACAAAGGACCAUACAGCUUUGCAGCGGUCAUUGUCGACCACCUCUAUAAUGGCCAGGUCUCUCAGAAUAGAAAAUUAGGAUGCCUGAACAAAGAAAAAUCAAGGUGCCUAUUAUGGUUGUUCUUCUGGAGUCCAUCAGUGUUCCGCAUCCUGUUUGUUCGAACUAGUGGGUGGUAUAGUCACAGCGAUGUAGGCCUGAGGACUUGGGGAACGUUGU